AUGGCCGGCGGAGUUACUGUUCGCGAUGUCGAUGAAACGAAGGAAUCGAUUAUUCCUGGGCAAAAAAUACCCCCCGAUCUCUACUCGACGACUUGGCAACACAAUUUCCACGAGAACCGCUUGCCCCCCUGCGAUGGCGUUGGCUCAGCGCCGAAAUAUUACAUAUUAAUACUCGAAACGCUGUGUCGGCUGCUAUGCGCUGUAGGGCUGGGUACAAAUGGGAUUGAGGAGCAGGCGCGAGGGAGUCGAAAGACUUCUGACGACGGAAUCAUGCUAAUGGGUUUUGCGCAGAAGUUCAUCACUGCCUACUCUGCUUUCUUGAAGCGUCAGGGCAAGCUUCCCAUCCCUGGUUGGGUCGACACCGUCAAGACUGGUCCUGCCAAGGAGCUUCCUCCCCAGGACAUUGACUGGUUCUACGUCCGUGCUGCCUCUAUCGCCCGCCACGUCUACCUUCGCAAGACCGUCGGUGUCGGCCGUCUCCGCAAGGUCCACGGUACCGCCAAGAACCGCGGCAGCCGUCCCUCCAAGCACGUCGAUGCUUCCGGCUCCGUCGACCGAAAGGUCAUGCAGUCUCUUGAGAAGAUCGGUGUCCUUGAGCAGGACGAGGAGAAGGGUGGCCGCCGCAUCACCCAGGCUGGUCAGCGUGAUUUGGACCGUAUUGCCCAGACCACCGCUGAGGCCGAGGAGGAGGAGGAUGACGAGUAA